AUGGCCGGAUUGGGGAAACGAGGAACUGCUAGGCGUGGUGGAGGACAAUUAUCAUUACUGCUUCCAGUUUCAUUACCAUCUGAUAAACAAACACAGGUUGGUGCUAAUGGUCGUACAUCACCACUCACACAAGAGUCUCAUGGUUCCAAGAGUGUGCAUACUGUUCCUUUGCCAAAGGGACAUGUCGAACAUAAUGUUGAGUCAUCCUCAACGAGGAGGAAAUGGGGACCAACCCAAAAUAUUGAUCUUGCAAAAAUAAAAAAGCAAGCCGGUGAGAAGCUUAAUGUUGAGAUGCCAAAAGAGCUUGGGCGAAUAGUAGGAUUGGAAUGUCAGCCACUUAUAACAAAGUUGGGAUGUAUUGUUUGGAAGCAUGCACCUCUUCAAGUGACAAAAUGGGAAUUGUUCAAUCUCCAUGAUGAACUGGUUAAAGAUAUAACAUUUGCCCAAAUGAACACACAAUAUCAGAAUCAUCACCAUAAGCUGCACAAGAACUACUUCUUGCCACACCCAACGACAGAAGUAGCUAUGCAACAUUCACCACCAGGUGUGCCACAAGAAGAUUGGAAUUAUCUUUCUUCUUACUUUUCCUCUGAUGAAUUUAAGAAAAUGAGUGCUCAAAAUGCAAGGAAUCAGGCAAUGCAAAACACACCUAAUAUUGCUCAAACUGGUGAAGUGCUUGGGCCAAUUGAGUUAUAUAAGAUAACUCACGAUAGUAAUAAGAAACUCUCUUGGGUGAAUGACCGUGCACAUCAUAACUAUCCUAGCCGAUCCUUAUCUAAGCACCACAAUAAAUCGGAGUUGGAGGCAGCUAACAAAAGGGCUAAUGAGUUGGAAGAAAAACUUAGUGCUCAACAAAAGGACAUGAAAGUGAUUAAGGGUACUAAAAAAGCAACAAAUGAGAUUUUGCAAGUACUGAUGGAGCAGAUGCAAGAAGCAACUCAAAAUGUGACAAAUGAGAUUUGGCAAGCAUUGAUGAAGCAGAUGCAGGAUGAGAGGCACAUGUCUACCCUUGCACCUGACUCUCUUUCAUGGUAG